UUUCAGAACUAAUGUUAUCAGAUGGGCCAAUUUUCUCUUCACAAUGUGACUUUUGAAGAACCGUAAAUUGUAUUACACUCAAAGAAUAAUUUGAAGAAUCCUUUGUUGUAGUACUCGCCUCUUUUAUAAAAAUGGCGAUUCAAAAUUGGUGUUGUUUUCGAAUAAAAUCUAGAAUCGAUCAAAAAAUCAAAUUGACACAAAAUAAAAAAAGGUUUACCUUUUUCAUAUAUUAAAAUGUAUACUCAUUUUGUCUUUGGCGCAGUGUAUGGCAAAAAUUGUAGCGUAAAAUUUCCACCCCUAGUUCGUUUGGAGCUCGUUAGCACACGCCCCCAAACGCGGAGUGAAAUAUUUUCUAUCUCUUUCACCAGAGACAAGUGCAGCAUCCUUUUUUGUCCAAAGGCUGUAGUUGGUAGAUUCGUAAUCGAAGCUUAUUUAUUCAAGGGCAGUUAAAAGUUGUGUUUCCGCGCGAGUUCAUAAUUAUGUGUUUUAUCGGGAUGUGACUCAUUAACGGACAUUAAAAAUACCUUUAGAACAAAUUUUGUAUCCUAUAUGGGCUUUCAGUACAAUGGAAUUUUCAUUUCUAAACAAGGCGAACUUCGACAAGGACUGCAUCUACAACGCCAAUACGGAUUUUUAUAAUAAUAAUACAAAUGGAGGACUCUCCGUAGCUAAUCACAUGAAUCAUUAUAAUUUAAUGAUUGACUCGAGCUACAAGCUAUGUGCCAACGAGACUGCAAUGAGGAGUUCAUUAAAUCAAGAAUCGAGCUUACUAUUUUCGAAAAUAACAACUGUUUCGGAAUUCUACCCUUCGACACAUAACAUUGCGUCCUAUAACUCCGAUUUUCAUUUAAAGGCGUAUGAUGAUGGAUUGAGCUUGACUGAUAAAUCUAAACAGAGACGGAUUCGAACAACUUUUACUUCCAAUCAGCUAAAUGAAUUGGAAAAAAUAUUCUUAGAGACCCAUUAUCCUGAUAUUUACACAAGAGAGGAGAUUGCAUCGAAACUACACUUGACAGAAGCAAGAGUUCAGGUAUGGUUUCAAAAUAGAAGAGCAAAAUUUCGAAAGCAAGAACGACAUGCUAUUUACAUUAUGAAAGAUAAGUCUGUUAAAAUGGAUAGCCGCAAAAACUCUGCAUCCGGCUCUAAAUAUCUGAAUCCGGCAGUGAAAGGACCUCAAAAUUCGCGACAGAUGAAAUGCCUGUAUGAUCAAAUAUAGGAACCACCAAUAUCUAUGUAAAUAUUAAGAUACAUUUUCAUCACUACAUACCAUUAUUUUGAUAUUGUUUUUACUAAGCAUUGUGGUGCAAUUUAAACGUUAAAUAAAGAAAAUCAAAUCUACAUAUUUACCAGUA